AGGACAGAAUCAAUGAAAAUCUUGAUCGUUGCGUUAAUUUCACUGACAGAAGCAUUUCUACACCCAUACAGCAACGAGCUAAUCUUCAGAAGUGCGGAUCAAACUCACAUAAGCGAUCUCGAUCGUUCUGACGCAGGAUGCCGCGAUCACUGCGAGGUUGGAUGGACAUACCUCGACGAAACGGACGCCUGCUAUAAGCUGUGGCCAGACCCAUAUGUAGACAGAUCCAUGGCCUUAACCUAUCAAAGAUGGGACGAUUUAGAUUGUCACAUUGAAAUCAGAUCGUUUGUGUGCAAGAAGAAGCCUUUGCACUAGUGGUGAAACAAAAACGCGUUUGAUUGCUGUGAAUGAAAUUUUGUACAACAAAUCUUACAAAUAGCAGUAAAUACUCAAUAAAUUUUUUGAUCUAAA